AAGAAGAACUGCGCCGCUGAAUCUUCUCGAUGAAUCCCUAUCAGGCAGUUUUAGCUAGUAAUGUUACCGGUUUUAAACAAAGUGUGACCUCAGUCUGAACAUUUUAUGUAUCGCCUUGUGUUUGUCGUUUCACCACAUAGCAGGUAAACAGGUGGUGGGCCUCUUUGCGAGAUGGUGCAGUUGCAUGUGAAGCGUGGAGAUGAGAGCCAGUUUCUUUUCAACACCAGUGUGGACGCACCCCUGGAGACGGUGAUCCAGCAGAUUACAGCCAUUUACAACGGGAGACUCAGAGUGGAAAGAAUAUGUUCAGAGAUCCCAGAGCUGGCAGACCAUGGCAUCACACUGCCACCCAACAUGCAGGGGCUGACAGAGGAGCAGAUUGAGGAGCUGAAACUGGAGGAUGAAUGGGAAGACAAAUGCAUGCCCAGCGGAGGGCCAGUAUUUAGGAAGGAUGAGAUUGGAAGGAGGAACGGACACGCUCCAAAUGAUAAAAUGAAAGCGGUGUUGAUGAAAACAGUGGAGGAGGCAAAGGCACUGAUCUCCAAAAAACAAGUUCAAGCUAAUAUUUGUGUCACCAUGGAGAUGGUGAAAGAAGCCCUGGAUCCUCUAAGAGGUGCGGUGAUGAUCGUGUACCCCAUGGGGCUGCCUCCUCAUGACCCUAUCAGGAUGGAGUUUGAGGACCGGGAAGACCUAUCAGGAACACAGGCAUCUCUGCAGGUGAUGACAGAGGACGAGUGCCAGCUAUGGUGGGCUGGGAAAGAGAUGCAGCGGGGGAAAAAACUACAGGACUACGUGGGCAAGAAUGAAAAGACGAAGCUUGUGGUCAAAAUCCAAAAGAGAGGGGAGGGGGCGCCAGCGAGAGAGCCUCUGAUUACUGAGGAGCAGCAGAAACAGAUGAUGAUGCAUCACUACAGGAGGCAGGAGGAGCUCAAGAAACUGGAGGAGGCAGACGAUGAUAGCCACCUGGACUCAGAGUGGUCAGACAGACAGGCCCUUAAAAAACAGUUUCAAGGCCUCACCAACAUCAAAUGGGGACCAAGAUAAAGACCACUCCCACUCAGAUUCUCACCUUGAAGCUGCUGCACUGACCUGGUCCUCUACUGCUCUGUAUGCAACCGACUAUGAUGCCUUAUUAUCACAAUCCUGAAGUCAGUUUACUGUCUGUUAUUUGAGGUCUUCCAGUGAUUAUUAUACACACCAGAUGUGCUUAUGCCUUGGAGUCGUAACUGGACUGAAAUGUGAAGAAGACAGCUGGAUACAGUUGCAUGAAAGAACAGGUAAUGAUGUCACAUGGAGGCUGAUGUCAUGAUAAACCUGAUUUAUUUUAAUUUAAAUCAGAUCCUUGUAUUCUUUUACUGAUUGUUUUCACCCUGUUGUAAAGUUUUAUAUGUUCUGUGAAAAUAAUUAAAGUUAAAUCUAAAUUUACUGAACAUUGUAACUGUGUGUGACAAAAUCCACUAGAAUGGUUUUAUGUGUUAACAUUCAACAAAGUUUCAGAGGUAGUGAUUCAGCUGGAACACAGUUUAACAUCCUUUUGGGUCCAAGGACAAGGAUGCUACACCUUUCCUCUCUUUGUCUCCCGUCACUGACGCACAUACACACACCUCUAUGAGUCAGUGUUGCUCUGAGGCAGGAAGUUGCCACAUCGUAGAUGGUCGUUCCAGCUCUUGUCCCAGCAGGGAUGAGGAAGCUGUAAAGUUCAGAGUGUUUUAUUCGCUGUGUGGAUGUGGACAGAGCAGAUGCAGUGAUUCAGAGAGGAGUGGCCGGUUUCAAGGAGCACUGCAUUCAGAAAAACAUCCUGGAUGUAAUGUGUGCAGAUUUAAAGGAUAAUAAUGCCACCUUUUUUUUUGCACUCAAUUCAGAUGCCUUUUUGAAGAGACAAUAGUGACGGGUGAAACUGGAACACAUACCUUGUGUCUGUGGCGUGAACAGCUGGCAAUUUUAACAACCACUAAUGUAGUUAUACUGUUGGGAAAACACUGUAAUGUGCCUAUUUUUGUAAGGACAGAGAACACUUGACACUUAUUAAGCCACGCAUUUGUCCAUGACUAAAAGGCUUCAUUCUGGAGUUAAAACCCCGAGGGAGUUAGGGGAUGAAAGCUUGUGUGUGUCAUGGUUCAUUUAGACAAACUGGAGGUGUUAAGACAGAUCACGUUCCCUGACAUGUUCUUUGGUUUAUGGUGAUUCAUCAGUCUCACUGAUACAACUGCUCUGAGUCCCCUUAAGGAUUAAUUAGUACAGUAAUAGUACCUUAAAUUACCGUAGGUGUUGAAACAAAAAUACUGAAGGUAAUCACAAUUGUAUCUCCACACUGUUACAUGCAGGCCCAACACAUUUUCUAAUAAUAGCACAAGGUGUAUUAUGUAUUGACAUCUACUUGCAGCUCCAUAGAUUGGCCCUGUAAUUUGGUUUGACAUGUAUCAGAUCAGUCUAUUCAUUCUUAAGCAUAGUCUGGAUAUGAUUGGUUUAUGUGAAACAUGGUGUAAACCAUUGAAGCUUCCCCCUCCACCAAACAAGGUGGGCCUGAAUCUAUAAAUCUGUUUCAUUUAACCUCCAAGCUUUAUAUUACAUUCAACCAAUUUGAAGCGGUUAUAUUAAAACCCUAAUAUAAGACUUGCUUUGUCCAGGUCAACACUCUGAUCGUUCCACCCUUUGGUACAGAUCAUUUUGUUAUUAAAUUUGAAGCAACACUAGCCAGUCCUAGUGAUGCUGUUGUUGAUGUAUUCACCACUCGCCACAUUGGUCCGUCAACUUCAGUUGGUGAGCGAUUGCCCGUGGCUCCUUUCACUGCAGCAACAGGCCCUGUUGAAAACUACACCAGCCUUUUUUAGUCUCCUGGAUGCUGUGGCUAAACCUCUAGAUUUCUCUCUCCCUCUGUGUGUUUAUCUCCCUUCUACCCAUGUGUAUGGUGUGCUUGAGUUUUGCCUCGUGAGUGGGGGUAGUCUUUCCUCUCUGCAGGUUUCCAUGGUGUAGAGGAGGUCGUGUAUCUCAGGUCCAUCUGCUUAUCUGUUUGGCAGCAGCUGGAAGUUGCUUUAUUCCCUCCCGGAUCCAUGUUUACAAUCUAUCAUUUUGUGAUUCUGAUUAUCCAAACUGUAAUUUUACUAUGUUGGUCUAUUCUGUACACACAUCUAUUGCAUGUCUAUCUGCGCUGGAAGAGGGAUCCCUCCUCUGUUGUUUUUCCUAAGGUUUGUUCCAUUUUUUUCCAGUUAAGGGGGUUUUAGGGGAGUUUGCUGUACAGACUGUAAAGCCUCGAAAGGCAAUUUUUCAACACUGGCAAUUUAAAUAAAAACUGAAUUAACUUAAAUGAACAUG